UAAUAAAAUACGAGUAAAGUUUGAUCGGCAAAGAAUAAUUAUCUCCAUGGAUCCUAGAUUAUCAUUGAUGGAGUCAUCCUCUGAUGAAAUGGUGCUAAAGGGUAUUUUUCUGCCCUUUAUAUCACCGAGUCAUCUGGUGCCCGUCGUAGACAUAGCGAGGAUCUUCGCCAUGGAAGGUGUGGAUGUGACCAUAAUCACCACACCAGCAAACGCCGCCGUUUUCCAAAGCUCCAUCGACCGUGAUUGUAUCCGCGGUCGCUCCAUUCGAACCCAUGUUGUCAAGUUCCCUCAAGUCCCUGGCUUGCCACAAGGAUUGGAGUCCUUCAACGCUUCCACUCCCGCAGACAUGGUCACCAAAAUCGGCCACGCGCUCUCCAUUCUCGAAGGUCCAUUCCGUCAACUCUUCCGCGAUAUCAAACCCGACUUCAUAGUCUCCGACAUGUUCUACCCUUGGUCCGUCGAUGCCGCAGAUGAAUUGGGAAUUCCGAGGCUCAUUUAUGUCGGCGGAACUUACUUUGCUCAUUGUGCUAUGGACUCUCUCGAACGGUUUGAACCUCACACCAAGGUAGGUUCUGAUGAUGAGAGCUUUUUGAUUCCUGGGUUGCCCCACGAGUUUGAGAUGACACGUUCGCAGAUACCCGAUCGGUUCAAAGCGCCGGACAACUUGACUUAUUUAAUGAAGACGAUUAAAGAGUCGGAGAAGAGGAGCUAUGGAUCAGUGUUUAAAAGCUUUUAUGCGUUUGAGGGAGCCUACGAGGACCAUUACAGGAAAAUCAUGGGGACCAAGAGUUGGAACUUGGGACCCAUUUCGUCGUGGGUGAAUCAAGAUGCUUCGGAUAAGGCUUCAAGGGGAUCACGUGACAACAAAGCUAAAGAAGAACAAGUAGAAGAAGGAAAAGAUGGUUCUUGGCUUGCAUGGCUUGAUUCUAAGAAAGAGGGCUCUGUUCUCUAUGUGUGUUUUGGGAGCAUGAACAACUUCCCUACCACCCAGCUUGUGGAAAUAGCUCAUGCCCUUGAAGAUUCUGGUCAUGAUUUCAUCUGGGUGGUUGGGAAAACUGAUGAAGGUGAAACUAAAGGUUUUGUGGAUGAAUUUGAGAAGAGGGUGCAAGCAAGCAACAAAGGGUAUCUAAUAUGCGGUUGGGCACCACAACUUCUCAUACUGGAGCACCCUUCCAUUGGAGCUGUGGUGACUCAUUGUGGGAUGAACACCGUUAUUGAAAGCGUGGAUGCAGGCUUGCCAUUGGUGACUUGGCCACUUUUUGCAGAGCAGUUUUUCAAUGAAAGGUUGCUGGUGGAUGUGCUGAAAAUCGGAGUGGCAAUUGGAGCCAAAAAAUGGAACAAUUGGAAUGACUUUGGGGAUGAGAUAGUGAAGAGGGAGGACAUAGGAAAGGCAAUUGCUUUGUUGAUGGGCGGUGGAGAAGAGUCUGAAGAAAUGAGGAAGAGAGUGAAAGCGCUAAGUGAUGCUGCAAAGAAAGCAAUUCAGGUUGGUGGGUCUUCUCACAACAGUUUGAAAGAUCUAAUUGAGGAGCUCAAGUCACUCAAACUUCAAAAGCUCAGCGCCUAACUGGGUGGAGACGGUGGCUUAGGAGAUCAGAUAUGAAUAAAGAUACUUAUGAAACUUCAAGUAUUUCCUUUGGUGUAUGAGUGUAUGACAGUAUGAGUGAAAAGUAACAUUUUAAUUUCCAGACUCAGUUAUUACUUAUUAUUAGUAUAUAUGUCAGCAUGAUCUUCUGCGCAGGUGGCAAUAAGAAGAAAGGCUAGCUUGCAUGUUGGAAGAAA